UGUAUGUUUUACGAAAUUACGAUUUCCAGAAUUAUUUUCCAAUUAAAACUUAUUUUUUAACACCUAAAUGUUUAAGUUAUCUUUAAAGAAAAAUUCAAAUAGUUGGCAACUUUAAUUUUAGGAGAAGUUGAUCCGUCAUGAAGCUUUUCUCAUGGGGUGCAAAUUCGUAUGGGCAGUUGGGUCAUGGCAUUCAAAGUGAGCAGUGUUUGUACCCAACUGAAGCGAAGAUACCUGAUGGAUUUGAUGACAUUGUAAAAAUUGAAGCCGGUGGUGGGCAUACUAUUGCCCAAGACUCUGGGGGCAAUGUUUUUGGAGCUGGGUCCAACAGUCACGGACAGUUGGCGGAUUGUGCAAACAACACAGUUGUUCUGUCCAAAAUGAGGUCCCUCGGAGAAAUGAGGGUAACUGAUGUCACUUGUGGGUGGGAGUCGAGUUAUUUUACAGUAAAUGGACAGCUCAUAGUGUUGGGGUCAAAUAAAGCUGGUCAACUGGGCAUUUCAAAAAGCAAGGUGCUCACUACUUCACACCCAGUCGUUUUACCCAUGCAGAAUGUAGCCCAGGUAUCAGCCGGACUACGACAUGCAGCCUUGGUCACACAAGCCGGCCACGUACUUGUCUGUGGAACGGGGAAGAGAGGACAACUUGGCAUCCUAGGAGAAGACAGCAAGGUACCGACCAAAGAUUGUGACUCUUGGGAAAGAGUGGCCUCAUUGGAAGGAGUGGUACAAGUAGCGUGUGGACAACAUCACACUUUGGCUCUGACGUCAGACGGAAGACUGUUGGGGUGGGGGGACAACCGGAGGGGACAGCUAGGGGAAGGCACUUCGCUCAUCCCCACUCCUCAACUCAUUACGACUGCAGACGACGCUGAUGUAGUCAUCAGAGCUGGGUGGACUCAUUCUGCAAUGGUCUCAGGAGGUAGAGUGAGGAGUUGGGGCAGGAAUUGCUAUAAUCAGCUGGGACACAGCUGUGGUCAAGACCAGGUGGCUGAUGUCAAUCAGCUGAUCAGCCUACAAGGUGUCAAACAGCUGGAACUUGGAUCUGAGCACAACCUUGCAUUGCUUGAAAAUGGUGAAGUUUGGAGUUGGGGGUGGAAUGAACAUGGGAACUGUGGCACAGGAACAAUAGAUAAUGUUGUCAACCCUCAAAAGAUCUGUCUUCCGCAUCCAGCAUUCAGUAUAUCAGCCGGGGGAGGCCAUAGUCUAGCUCUUUGUGCAGCAUGAUCUACUUGGGCAUUGCAAACCUAACAUAUAAAGUACUGUACAUACCUUUUGUUAAUAUCUCUGUAGUUUUGAUUUCAGACCACCCUGUCAUAGUCUAUACCUUUUGCCAUGUGGUUCAACUGGGAAAUUAUAUUCUAGGAAAUUUUAUUCUAGACAUUCUAUUCUUCUGAUAGAAAUCUUUUGUUCCUCAAGACUCAUUUUGAUCAGAUCCGUGUUUUGUUUUAUGGCUUCAGAUAGUUCAUCAUCAUCUACAUAGUUAUAGUCUAGCCCUUUGUGCUACUUUGUGUUUUUUUAUGAACUGGAUUUUAGACUUGAUUAUUUGCUUGCAAAUAAUGGAAAACACGUUGAAGUUAGUUUGACUCCUGUACCAAAAUUUGAAAUGAUUUUUUAAACUUUAAUUGUUAUUUUGUAGCUUUAAGUGGAAAGUUAAAGGUUUUAUGAUUGUU